AAACCAUUUAUAUGAAAAAAAAAUUGUUGUUUUUCCUUGGGCAAAAAAGAAAGAACAGGGAUCCACCUAUAGGCAUUUUGACCCAUUUCAGGCCCAUGUAUAAAUGGCCUCUGUUUCUGAGAAAAAGACAGGUUACCGGGGAAGCUAUAACCGUUAGGAAAUUCCGAUUUUCUGUUGUUCAUCCGGCGAAAAGAUUUGAUUGCAAGUAAGUAGGAGAGAGUUAAAUCGCUUCGCUUGUGUGCCCUUUCAAUGGGUGCAUCUGAAUCAGUUCUCUCCAGCUCACAAAGGCCAAUCGAUGAGAUCACCACAGUUUCUGAGCGUUUAGAAGGCGUUGAUCCUAUAUUAGAGAGGCUAAAAUCUCUCAAAAUUGCUUCUCCGAUACUGAAAUCGCCACCAGCUGAGAGUAGCUUGACCGAUAUUCUGGUGAGGAAAACAUCCUCCACUUCCGAUAAAGGCUGCGUAGAUCCAAAAGUUCUACUGGAGCUCUUCUCUGUAUAUCGCCAGUGGCAAGAGGAGAAGGCCCAGAAGAUCUGUAAAAGACAGGAAGAAAUAGAAAACAAAAUUGAAGUUGCAGAUGCAUUGGCUGUUAAGCUUCUUCAACGCUUCAAUUACUCCGUUUCGGCAAUGAAAACAACCUCACAGCAUCUAUCAGAAGUAAAUGGUUUGCAGGUUGAGCUUGGGGUAUUAAAAGGGAGGCUGACGGAAGUAAUCAGUAACUGUGAUGCAUUGUGCAAGAGGAUUGAUGCAGAGGGACCAGAAUCGCUUCGAUCAUCUAUUAAACCAUUUACAGCAUCAUCCUCUGAUUCAGUAAGCAAUAAUAGCAGCAGUAUACGUACUCUCCAAGCUGAAACAGAUGAGAAGCAAUAGUGCAGAGGCUGGAUUGGAGCUUAUAAAAUAUCUGUGUCCCCAGUGUACAUAACUUAGUUUGAGUAUCAUGACCCAUAGUGUUGUAUCUUGUGUCCAACUGACCGAUAGUUCAAGAGCAUACAGGAAGCAUACUCAGGAAAUUAAUUGCAUCGGAAGCAUGUGGAUCUACUUCGCAGCUACUCAUUCAUUGGCACUUGAAAUUUAGAUUCAUCACUUUGUUGCUUUAUUUAUUUUUUCUUUUUAUGAGAAAACUUCUUCCUAUGGACUUCUAGGAGUUGUGUGGAUUUGAGAAUGUACAUUGUGUUUCUUUACCUGAUUGAAAAUGGGCUUUUAGGGAAAAAAAAAUAUACUACUAGCUGUAUUCUUGUUGUACCAACACAGCAGGGACAUCAAUAGCAUCUGAAGCGGGCUGAUAAAAUCAGUACAGAUAUUCAAAUUUACUUGAUUCGAAAAUCGAAACGAAUGUAUGUGAGUGAUUUUUUAA